AUGAGCCAGAUGCUCCCCUGGUCAACCCUAACCCACGGGCCCGAAAACUUUUGUGGCCCCACUCAUGCAAGGCGCAUCCCAUUCCAAUUAACGCGUGGAGUGGCAGCCAGGUUUUUGGAGCUCGAGUCGCGUCCAAUGCCGCCUCGUUAUAAUGCUACCACCAAAGAAAAAGGUAUGCGCCGCACCGCCCACGCCAGCAAGACCCCAUUGCGACCGACAAAGACCAGCAAAUACUCGACAAUCUCAAUCAUUAGCGAUGACGACUCCGAUAUCGACGCGCGCGACGGGAAAGAACGCGUCUCGUUUCUUGAUCUGCUCCAACAGGAUGCUUUCGACGACCUCAAAGCUGGGCUUCGCUCAGAAUUCGAAGAAAUUCGAGCAAAGACUGACGGCACUGUCUACCUCCGCCUUGCCCUGAUGCAAUGGGCUCGACCAGCCGAAAGUUCGCAGACCUACGAACCACCUGUUUUAUCGCCUCGACAACACAUAUUUCGAGAAAAACGUACCCGAGCGGCUGGAAGGCCGGGAUAA